AUGGAAGAGGAAGUGCUUAUUCAAUAUAUUAUUGAUAUGGAUAAUCGAGGGUUUGCACCUAAAUUAAGUGGUAUGGAAGAUAUGGCGAAUUAUAUUCUUGAAUCAAGAGGUGCGAAAAAGAUGCGUUUCAAUCGUGUUUAUGAUUUUCAAAGAGCUCUUUGCGAAGAUCCCAAGCUUAUUGAAGAGUGGUUUCGAUUAGUAUCGAAUAUGUGGGCCAAAUAUGGUAUUCAGGAUUGCGAUUUUUACAAUUUCAACGAAACCAGUUUUAUGAUGGGUGUAAUAUGCUCUGGAAUGGUUGUAACUGAUGCUGAAUGGUGUGGCAGAAGCAAAGCAAUACAGCUAGGUAAUCGAGAAUGGGUUACAGCGAUUAUAUGUGGUAAUGGAGAAGGUGAAACUAUACCUCCAUUUUUAGUAGUGCAAGGACAAUAUCACCUUUCUAAUUGGUAUACUGAAACCGAUCUGCCAGCAAAUUGGGUUAUUAAACCUACUAGCAAUGGAUGGACGAAUAAUGAGAUAGGUUUAGAAUGGAUAAAGCAUUUCGAUAAACAUACAAUCUAUCGAAGAACGGGCAAAUAUCGAAUGCUAGUAUUGGAUGGGCAUGAAAGCCACGAAUCGAUAUCUUUUCAAUCAUACUGUACGGAAAAUGAUAUUAUAUACCUCAAAUUACCACCGCAUUCAAAUCAUUUAAUUCAGCCAUUGGAUAUUGGAUGCUUUAGUGUAUUGAAACAAUCAUAUGGUUCUCAGAUUGAAGGAUUUAUUAAAGCUCAUAUCAAUCAUAUCUCAAAGGUUGAAUUCUUUAUAGCUUUCAAAGCUGCAUAUCAACAAUCGAUUACAAUUCAGAAUAUGAAAGCUGGCUUUCAAGGAGCAGGACUAAUACCAUUUGACCCUCAAGCCGUGCUCUCGAAAUUAGAUAUUCGAAUUCAUACGCCUAGCCCUUUAUCCAUUCCCUCGGAACCUGUCGAUUCUUGGGUCUCUCAAACACCUCACAAUCCAACUGAAGCUUUUUCACAAUCGACUUUAGUCAAAUCUCGAAUAUAUCGUUAUCAAUCAAGCUCUUCUACAUCUAUAUUCGAAACUGUACUAGUUUUAGCUAAAGGCACAGAGAGAUUAGCACAUAAGAAUACACUUUUAAAUGCAGAAAUCUGUACACUUCGAAAGGCAAAUGAGGCAUUAAACAAACAUUGA